AUGGCCGUAAUAGCGCUCACCCGCUUAGAACCUAAACGGCUGUACCAUAUGUGCGGUUUAUGGAAAUCAGAUUCACCGGCCUUGGUUCAAGGCGAAAAGUCCACCAUUGUGCCCUCGGGUGUACAUAAACAAGCACUAAGUGAAGGUUCAAACCCGAAAGGUACCUUCGCCGAAUACGUGGUAAAUAACGCGGGUGUCUCAUUCAAUGAGAUCGGCAGCAACUCGGUGCAGCACGCAGAAACCGUGAUGCGUACAAACUUCUACGGACCGAAGCGACUGAUCGAAGUGCUCCUCCCUUUGUUCCGUCGAUCGAACGCCGCGAGCAGAAUACUCAACAUUAGCUCUCAGCUUGGCCUUCUGAAUAAGCUCAGGAACAACACAUGGAAAGCGCUUCUUGAGGAUGAGGAGAGACUAUCCGAAGCCGAUAUCGAGCAGAUGGUGUCGCAGUUUCUUGACCAGGUGAAAGACGGGAGCUGGGAGGAGGGAGGGUGGCCGAUGGUGUGGACGGAUUACGCGGUGUCGAAGCUCGCGCUCAAUGCCUACUCUAGGCUGCUGGCAAAGCAGCACGAGGGGCGCGCCCUCAGCGUGAACUGCUUCUGCCCCGGAUUCACUCGCACCGCCAUGACUCGCGGGCAGGGGAGUCGGACUGCUGAGGAGGCAGCAGACUUCGCUGCCAUGCUCAUGCUGCUUCCUCCUGAUCAGUUGCCCACCGGAAAAUUCUUUAAGUUGUCUACGCGUUCACCGUACUCGAAGUUGUAGGAAUACUACAUAUUUGUGUCAAAAGCUGAAAAGCCAAUUUAGAUGUUCGAACAAGCGAUAACCUUUAAAUAAACUAAAACACUCUCAGCAUUCAUAGAUAAAACUACUACCAACGAGUUUCUGUCCUAAGGCACACUGCAUAGACAAACACAUUUGUUUAGGCGAAGAUACACAGUUUAAAGAAGAAAUUAACAAUGUUUCUAAGUCAUUCGGAAUUGAAAACCA